CCCCGCCCCGCCCCGCCCCGCCCCGCCCCGCCCUCGGCCUACCGCCACAGUCCUGGGAGCUAGUGUCCCGCCGCCGCGAUGGGGGCCGUCCUGCUGCUUCUCUGCGCCGCCGCUUGGCUGCCGGGCGCCCCCGCGCUGACCGCGAGCCUCUCAGAGAAGUUUCACUUUAAGUCAUGGAUGAUACAGCACAAAAAGAUGUACAACUCUGGGGAAUACCACCACAGGCUGCAGAUGUUUGUCAGCAACUGGAGGAAGAUCAAUGCCCACAACAGCAAGAACCACACAUUCAAAAUGGCACUGAACCAAUUUUCAGACAUGAACUUUGCUGAAAUAAAACGCAAAUAUCUUUGGUCAGAGCCUCAGAAUUGCUCAGCCACCAAAAGUAACUACCUUCGAGGUACUGGUCCCUACCCAACUUUUGUGGACUGGCGGAAAAAAGGAAAUUUUGUGUCACCAGUGAAAAAUCAGGGCAGCUGUGGUAGUUGCUGGACUUUCUCCACCACAGGGGCUCUGGAGUCCGCGGUGGCCAUUGCAGGUGGGAAGAUGCUGUCUUUGGCAGAACAGCAGCUGGUGGACUGCGCCAAAGAUUUCAACAACCACGGCUGCCAAGGGGGUCUCCCCAGCCAGGCCUUCGAGUACAUCCUGUACAACAAGGGCAUCAUGGGCGAGGACACCUACCCCUACCAGGGCAAGGAUGGUUACUGCAAGUUCCAGCCCGAAAAGGCCAUUGCGUUUGUCAAGGAUGUAGCCAAUAUCACAAUCUAUGACGAGGAGGCGAUGGUGGAGGCCGUGGCCCUGUACAACCCCGUGAGCUUUGCCUUCGAGGUGACUGACGACUUCAUAAUGUACAAAAGGGGCAUCUACUCCAGUACUUCCUGUCAUAAAACUCCAGAUAAAGUGAACCAUGCAGUGCUGGCUGUUGGGUAUGGAGAAGAAAAAGGGGUACCUUAUUGGAUCGUGAAAAACUCUUGGGGCUCCCAGUGGGGAAUGGAUGGGUACUUCCUCAUCGAGCGUGGGAAGAACAUGUGCGGUUUGGCCGCCUGCGCGUCAUACCCGGUCCCUCUGGUGUGAGCCACGUUGGCCGCAGUGAUUGGUUGGUGGAGAAGGGGAGGAACCGACAGCCUGGAUCAUGUGAUGAAAACCUUGCCCUGGAGGGAGUUGUUGGGGAGAUCGACCAAGGGCCCCCACCUUCCAGCCUAACCCUGUGCCAAGCCAGAAAUCUAAUGAAGAGAAAGAAAAGUUCCACCGCGUGACAAGCUCACCCAUAUCCUCUGACAUGAAGAUGUCCCCAACCUUGUGCCUUACACGUGGUUUUUAACCGGCUCAAAUUUCUGUGGACCAAGAAUAUUCUUUCCUUCCAGAGGGGCUGCUUUCCACAUUAGAGAGAGCUCCAGUGACCUGUCCUUUCCGUAUUCCUUGUUCAAUAAACAUUUAGUGAGCA